AUUAUGGUCCCGCUGGAUACCUGAGCUUUACCGAGGUUGCUGCAGUCGGAACGGAACCAAAAUGGAGCAGAUGCACAUCGGAAAGUGCCAAAUGUAAAUUGAGAUCGCAUGUCAUGUGAGCUUUGUUUACAUCCGCCAGAAGUUCACCCACACGUGUAGGGAUAGUGUGCACCUCAGGCAAUGGCUGCCUUGACCCCCAUCAAACCCUUCAGCCCAGAGGAGACCAGAUGGAUUUUGGAUAGUUUGCAGCAUCCUGCAGUUUUCCUGAACAUGACCCAUGGCUGGCCUGUUAUUUGCUGGACUGCAGAGCAUCUGUCAGGCUGCCUCGACGACAGGCUCAUCCGAUUCAGACUUGGAAGAAAACAGGCGACAAAUACUCCACUAUUUGAGACUCAGUGUUCUUACAUCGAGGCCACAGUGGCUCAGUUUCUGCGCUGGACUCAGCAUCAGACCGAUGUGGGGCCUUUCUCUAAAUACCCCUACACAGAGUAUUGGGCUUAUGCUGACUACAAGUACAUCACCGUGCUGUUUCAAGACCAACCUUUCAUGUUUGAGGAUGUAAAGUGGUCGGAGUUCGGCUUUGAGGGACGUAACGGGAAAGAGAGCACUCUUUGGAUUGGCACAGAGGGGGCUAACACGCCGUGCCAUCUGGACAGCUACGGCUGCAACCUGGUGCUGCAGGUGCAAGGACGAAAACGCUGGCAUCUGUUCCCACCUGAGGACACAGCAAAGCUUUAUCCAACCAGGAUCCCCUAUGAGGAGUCCAGCAUCUUCAGCCAGGUGGAUGUUCUCCAUCCAGACCUGGGGAAAUUCCCUGGGUUUCACGGAGCCAGGGCCCACAUCGUGACUCUGGAGCCUGGGCAGGUGCUUUAUGUCCCCAGGCACUGGUGGCACUAUGUGGAGUCAGUAGACCCCAUCACCGUCAGCGUCAACUCCUGGAUUGAGCUGGAAGUGGACGAUUUAGCUAGAGUCAGCGAAGCCGUGACCAAGACUGUUGUCUGUGCAAUGAAAAGUGCUCCAAGUGAUGACAACGCUGACACCUGGCUGAACCCCACUGAGGAAGAAAAGUCCUCCCACAACGAAAACAUGCAGUAUGUUAACCUGGCAGUGAUGGCGUUUGCUCAGAGAAAGAGGGGCCUCUUCCACAGGACGUCAAGCCCAGACCUGAGGGACGCUCAACCAGUAAAGCGGGACUCAUAUGGACAAAUUAAGCACAGGAGAGAUGGGGUCAAAGUUCCAUUCGGGCAGCAUCUUAUUCCUGUGAAGUGUCAGGAAGAAGAACCAAAGAAAACCGUUCCUGCAGACUCCUGUAACGCUGCUGUCUCUUCUCAGGAGGACUGUUCUGGUAGUGCAAAGGGAAAACACACAUGUGGUGCUCAUUUAACUCGAUGUAGCUCAUGUGACUGUGUUACGUUGGACCACGGGACAUUAGAGCAGUGCAGCGAGAAUAAUCAAGGAUUAGGAUCCUCGAUGAUUACCACUAAUGACCUGUUAGACUGUCUGGUCCAUCCGGACAUCAUCAGCCGCGUAACAGAGCUUCUCUUGGAACGGCACCGAGGACGCCACCUUUAAUCUUCACCUCCCGUAGACCGGACACUCGGUGUAAAACCAGAUCUCAAGCAGCAAACUGAAACCUUUCAUUUGUUCUCUCAUUCUCUGAUCCUCCUGUUGCACACUUCAAAUAUGAGAAAACACAAUGAUGUAGAGAGUCGUGCUGUCGAGUGGCUCUGACAUUUCCUCCCUGCGUCAUCCAGAACAAGUUAAUCUAGUUUAGUUCCUUUCAGCAGAGCAAAAAAUGACCCCCUUGAUCAAGUUAGUAUGUUAAUACACCAAAUGAUUCAGAAUAUUCCACUGAUGGAAACAUUUGUUUUCUUUGUGAUGUUUUGUCAUUUAGUGAUAAAAAUUGUGCCUAAACUUCCAUAAAGGGCUGAUCAUAAUGGUUUCAGGAUUAAUGGGAGCUGAAUUUGGGGCAGUGACGGAAAUGGGCAGUCUGCUGCCACUGACCACGUUUCAAAGGUGACAACCCUAAAUCUACAUUAAAGUUGUUUUCGUUUAUUA